ACAUCCCAAAGUAGCAGCCCUGCUCUAUCACUCACUUCAAAACCACCAUGUCCCUGGGGCCACUGAAAUUCCAGGCAGUGGGUGAGGAGGAGGAGGAAGAGGAGAGUCUGGACUCUGUGAAGGCACUGACGGCCAAGCUACAUCUGCAGACACGGCGGCCCUCAUAUCUGGAGUGGACAGCUAGGGUCCAGAGCCAGGCCUGGCAAAGGGCCCAAGCUAGACCUGGGCCAGGGGGACCUGCCAUCUGCGGCUUCAACUCAAUGGAUUCUGCACUUGAGUGGCUCCGACAGGAGUUGCGGGAGAUGCAGGCUCAGGACCGGCAGCUGGCAGGGCAACUGCUGCGGCUGCGGGCCCAGCUGCACCGACUGAAAGUGGACCAAGCCUGUCACCUGCACCAAGAACUGCUGGACGAGGCCGAAUUGGAGCUGGAGCUCGAGCCCGGGGCCGCCCAGGCCCUGGCCCCUCCGCUGCGGCACCUGGGCCUCACGCGCAUGAACAUCAGUGCCCGGCGCUUCACCCUCUGCUGAGGGCCACCUGAAAAGAGGGAAGGGAAGGGUGCUUGUGCCCCAGAGAUGCCAGCGCCUGGGGGCGGGGAGGGGCACACUGAGGUUUCCGAGA